AUGCAGUACCGUAAGGGCGAAGACGAUCUGGAUGCGUGCCACGAUGACGCGACCUGCGGUUGCCACGACGGCCCCGUGAGCAUCCCAGACCUGUCCCCCUGCCACGACCGUAGCAGCCUCAGCCACGACCUGGAGGGGUCCUGCCAGAGCGUGCCACAGGGCUGCCAGCCCCUGGAGCCCUGCCAGCCCCGCGACUGCUGCCCGGCACAGCGCAGCUGGGAUUGUGGUAAACCCCGGCGGAGGGUGGAGGUGAGCCCUGUGCAGCCCGUCUGCCCACCGGUGAAAAUCCGCCGCCGGCCGCUGCAGCAGUACCGACCACCACUGCAGAGUGAGGAGCAGGGCUGCUGCCGCAAGCCCCGCAGGAGAGUGGAGCAGUGUCCCGCAGAGGAGCCCAUCACACUGCAUCCCCUGCCCCUGCAGCACCGCUGUCCCUGUGUCCCCUGCUGCCGUCCGCCUGUCCAGCACUGCCGUCCAUCUGUCCAGCACUGCCAUCCGCCUGUCCAGCACUGCUGCCCCACCUCCGUGCCCCUGCCGCAGCAUCCUGGCCAGCACCAGUGCAAGCAAGUCCAGUUCUUGCCACCCUUCCAGCAGAAGAAGUGA